AACGGGAUAAACCCGCGUCAUAAUUAUUCGAACAGGAUAACGAAUAGUUAUUUUUAUACAUACAAUUCUUUUUAGCGUAAAUUAACAAUGGUUAUUGUUCGGACGUUUGUGUUUUUAGUGUGUUUUUAUGUAAUAUGUGGAGAUGUCGCUGAAUUCAGUACUACUUCAGUACAGCCUAAUGAAACUCCAGAGGGGCCUAAAAUAGAAGCGGUUUGGGAUGAAGAAUGCGCAAUACGAAUAACAGGUUCUGGCUUGAAAUGGAAGGGAAAAACCAAUGCCUGCUCUGCAGAAGGUCAACGAGGACCACUUGGUCCUCCUGGUAUGAAUGGUGACCCGGGAUCUCCUGGUAUACGAGGGCCUAUGGGAGAAAAGGGAAUUCGUGGAGACCAAGGUCCACCAGGAGUGCGGGGACCAAAGGGAGAUAAAGGCAUACCGGGAGAGACUGGUCAAAAAGGAGAAACGGGGCAGGCGAUAAGGGGACUGCCCGGUCUUCCUGGAGCCCCGGGCACGGUUCCUGGUCCAGCGGACCAAUGCAAGGGCGAAUAUUACUUCCUUAACCCAGUAAACAAAUUCACCGCAAGAUGUGACAUUAAAAGCAAUAAUGUAUGUGUCGAUUUCCCAAAUACAAGUCAGAGAUGGCAUAAAGUCUGCGAAAAAACCUCGCCAUGUUGGCUCCUACAGUCAAAUUUAAAUAUGGACGAACUAUACGGUAAUAAGAUGUAUGCCAAUAUUGAGUAUUUAAGCAAAUUCCCGAGGUUGAAUUAUAACACGCAAACAAUUCAAAUUGACUGCAAAUACGUUAGCAUAGAGAACAUGAGAAUUUUACUCCUACACAGCCUCAAAAUUGGAACAGAAGCUACAGAUCGAACAUCGGUGUAUUAUGAAAUUAUUAAUACCACUUGUAAUAGAGACACCGAGGCUGGUAAAGCUGAAUUACAAAUAACAUUGGCUGGACCAUUUUUGCCAAUAACUGACCUUUACAUCGAGGAUAGUACAAAGCAUUCGGAACUAUCUAUUAAAGUCACUAAAGUGUGCUUCUAUUACAAUAAGUAAUUUGUUACAAUCAAUAAGUAAAUGAUU